AUGUCUUCGGAUUCGGCCAGCUCUGCCGGCAGCCAUGAAGGUCAAGAGGCUCAACGAGGAGGUCACGAGAUUUGCUCAAAAGUUUUGAACGUCGACAAACGUCGUUUUUACAUCGAUUUGAAGGAGAACGAUCGUGGAAAGUUCGUCCAAGUUGUUGCUGUAAGUAGUUCGGCAGCGUUUUCUUGAUUUUUUGUAUGUUUAGUUGUUGAACGUUCGCAGAAAGAGCAAGUUGAUGAUGACUUUGCCUAUUGUCAAGCAGCUCAUUGAUUUGUUGGAGAAGUUGGAGAUCAACGACUCUACUGGUAAGAGAAAUUUUAUUUUGCGUAAUGAAAGAACAAACGUUGGAUUUUAAUACCUUUAGCGCAAGUUUAAGGUUUAUUCUAGGUUUAAAUAUCAUUAAUAUCAUUCAUGGCAUCAAAAUUUUAGAGUACCCUAAGCCUGUUGGCCGAAUCUUGUCGGCUAGUCGGAUUUACUUUGCUGAUCUUCGCAAGAACGAUUGGGGCAACUUUGUGAGACUCACUCAAGCUUUUACUCGUACUGCUAAACGGUAUCAGAUCUACAUUCCGGUUGAGGGAAUCACUGAGUUCAAGAAGCUGCUUCAAGAAAUCAUCGACGAGCACGGCGGGAACAUUGAAGAGCCAAAACUGCCUCCAUCCAAACAGUUGAGAGACGUGCGCAGCAAGAUGUUCUACUUUGAUUGCAAUACAAAUGACUUUGGUGAUUAUCUUCGCAUCACUGAGGUAGGAUAUUGUUUUAGACUGUUAUAUAUUAUUUUUUUAAGUUAAGGGCUUGUGGUGGUUUAUUUUUUGGAGUACAAGACGUUAAGAAUUAUUUCCAUUGCAAAAUACGCUUUCUUCUGUUUUUCUAGAUUAUAGUUGUUGAUGAAGAUGUUGUAAUUAUUUUAAUGGCUAUCUUUUUUUAAACAUAACUUAGUUUCAAAAGAUUUUUAUUUUAAAAUUAUAUUAUUUUGUUAAGCAGUACCUUUUCAGACACGAUUUAACUCGGAAAACAGAACCUCAAUCACAAUUUCGCGCAAAAACUUGCAAAGCUUCCAUGAUAUCAUUGGCGACUUGGUGAAGUCCUUCAACGAACUUCGUGCUGACGAGGCCAACAAGACCACUACCACCGAGAAGACAGCAGAAACGACUGCAUGA